UUCCUUAUUCCAAUCGGUUGAUUAUAAAUGACUACAGUCACACUUACACACUUACUUAACUAAAAAUGUUUGAGAAGGGUUUGAUAAAAAAAGAAGAAAACAUGUUUCAAGAGGAGAAGAGAAAAACAAACUAUGGAGCAAUAUUCUUGGUUUGCUUCUUUUGUUGUUUCUUUGCGUUCCAAUUCAUGAAAGUUGUAACAACAAAACCUUCAACAACAACAACAACAACAUCAUCCAUUUCCGUUAUCAAUAAUAGCCCAGUUACCUCCGGUAAACUCUAUGACAGGAGAGAAUUGUGGAGAGUUAGUCCACCGUCUACGUAUUGUCUCAAAAUCGAAUCUUUCACAAAACUCGCCACUUCUCCAAAUGCCGAGAAGUAUGAAUCUCGUCCUUUUCAAUCCGGUGGAUACAACUGGACAUUUAUUGUCUAUCCUAAAGGAAACGUUAAGGAUGGUGCUCCAGCUGGUUAUGUUUCGAUGUACGUCCAAAUAGACAAUUCAACACUCCUUAACUCUCCCAAAGAAGUUUACGCAGAAGUCAAAUUCUUCAUUUAUAACCGAAAACAGGACAAGUACUUCACAUAUCAAGAGACGGAUGCAAAGCGCUUUUUUCUAUUCAACCCAUCUUGGGGAUACGGUAAUGUUAGACCCUACGUUGACGUGGCCAAUCCCGCUGCUGGUUGGCUUUUUGACGGUGACAGUGUUGUAUUCGGUGUCGACGUAUUUGUCACUGAAGUUUUUGACAAAUGGGAAGUGUUCUCCUUCACUAACAAUUUGCAUAACCGCCUUCUUGAAUGGACGAUACCUAACUUCUACUCACUAAGGAAAUAUCUCUAUGUAUCUGACUUUUUCAUUAUCGGAGAAAGAAGCUGGGCUUUGACAGUGUAUCCAAGUGGCGAUGGGGAAGGACAGGGUAACUCAUUGUCGUUAUAUGUUUAUGCGGUUGGUGUUAAGCGGUAUGAAAAGAUUUACCUAAAAGCUAAGCUACGAAUUAUAGAUCAGAAAGAUUCAAAAGAUGUGGAGAAGAAAGUUGAAAGCUGGUCGGAUCAAGAAAACAGUUGGGGAUUCCAGAAGUUUGUACCGUUUGCUGAUCUUAAGAAUACUUCUAAAGGUCUUCUAGUGAAUGAUACAUUGAAGAUAGAGGUUGAAUUUGAAGAGUUCUCUAACACCAACUACUUCCCAAGUUAUGGUCUGCCUUGUGCAACCGAUUAGCCGAGCCGGAUAGCCUCAAACAAGACAAGAUAACCGGAUAGGCACACCCUUUGCGUUAAUAAUUGGAGGAUUGGUCUUCCUAAGGUAGGAGCCUAUCUACCACUUUCCCCUCAUGCUCUUUGUGUACUUGUUUCCUAUUUAAAUAAAUGAAAACCAAGAGUAAAAGCAGUAUUUAUCUACCUACGAAGCUAGUAAAAGCAAUUCUUCA